AUGUCCGACUCAAAUUCCACAUCUGGAAACGGCGCCGCGACUUCACAGCCGAUGGCAAAAUCAUCAUCAGCCGGUUCACAUAAGGAUGCGGGCGACAGCACCGCCUCGCCCUACGGCACGCGGUCGCGCAACAGAACUGGCCGCGCCCGCCCGAAUUACGCCGAAGACAAGGACGUGGAGAUGGAUUAUGACUUUCCCGAGAAGAAAGACGAGGAAUCUAAAAAACUAACCACCCGGCAAGCAAAUGCAGCCGCCGCAGCCCAAGCCCAGGCCCAGGCCCAGGCAUCUCAAGAUGCCCCACGUCAAGGCCAUGCAUCUUCACGCAAACCUCUACCAACUGACGACGGCAGACUUGCCGCGCAACAGAACAGCGCCAAGGAGCAGCAGAUUGCUUCGUCUGCGUCCUCAGUCUCAAAUGGGGUUUCCACUUCUGUUGUGAAUCCGUCAAAGAAGCGCAAGGCCGCGUCGCAAGCUAAUUCAGGCAGCGGUAACCACAACACAGGUAGCACCGGCUCCAGAAGAGCGGGAGCAGUGUCACAAAACGGUCGCGGCUACAACGAGACCAACAUGCUGACCUUUGACAAUUGCCGUGCCAUGCCAAAGGGCAAGCAGAUGAUAGCCGAUGAUGGAACCGUACUGGAGGUCAACGACCACGUCUACCUGGUCUGUGAGCCACCUGGGGAGCCAUACUAUCUAGGCCGCAUCAUGGAAUUCUUGCACAUGAAAAAUGACCCCAAGCAGCCGGUUGAUGCACUCCGCAUCAACUGGUAUUAUCGCCCCAAGGAUAUUGGCCGCAAAAUCCAGGACACGCGCCUGGUGUUUGCAACCAUGCAUUCAGACAUCAGCCCUCUGACAGCACUGCGUGGGAAGUGCCACAUCCGGCACAAGUCUGAGAUUAAGAGCAUGGACGAGUACCGAAAAACACCAGACUGCUUCUGGUAUGAGAAGCUAUACGACCGCUACAUCCAGAAGAACUACGAGAUCAUUCCGACGUCGCAAAUUAUCAACGUGCCGGAGCGGGUCAAGAAGGUGCUGGACGAGCGCUGGAAGUUCAUUUUGGUGGAGCAGGGUCGUGGCAAGGAGCUUACCAGCGCUGUUAAGUCGUGCAAGCGGUGCAGCGGCUACUGCGCGAGCAAUGAUUCGGUGGACUGUGCCGUCUGCCAGAACACCUAUCACAUGUCCUGUGUGCGACCACCCCUGCUAAAGAAGCCGUCUCGGGGGUUUGCAUGGUCCUGCGCUGCCUGCAGCAGAGCUCAAGAACGCAAACUGGAAGCCCGUAAUACUCCAAAUGUCCUUGAUCCCGCCCAUGAGGACGAGGAGGAAUUGUUAGACGACGAGGAGGAGGAUCCCGCAGGGGGCGACACUAGCCGCACGAGCCCCGACGACACCCAGGAGCAUCAGCCCGCCACAGCAGAGCAGAUUUACCACGCCAGUCUCUGGCCCUAUCGGUACCUCGGAAUUCACUGCAAAGUGGAAGAUGCACUGGACUAUGAUGAUCGCAUCUAUCCUCGUGCCAGUUCUCGCUUGGGACCACGUCAUCAAGCCAUUGUUCUGCCAUGGCCUGGUCGGCCGGUCACAUAUGUCAAGCCCCUAGAGAUCAAACGGACUGGCAGAAAGAACGCACAGCUUUCCAAAGAGGCGCAGGCUCUUAUCGAGGCCGACAAAAUUCGCAAAGAGAGGCGGCCCAAGUGGAUACAAGAUGAACCUGCCGGCUACGUGCGACGAGGCGACGAUUACGACAACGACGACCCAAAUAACACAGCACAGCUGUUGUGGAAACCACCCGCGGAGGAUGAUGACAACAUUGCUGAAGUAAGCGGAGAAGCCAUUGAUAACUACAUGGAAGACGCGAAAGCAAUGUCUCAAUCCUUGGGCUUGCCACUGCGGUCCACAAAUUUGCAGGACGUCGCACGGGAUCUACUCUUCAAGCACGAUUUCGAUUUUGAAAGGGCUUUGAGAGAAUUGCCUAGAGUUGACAAGGCCGUUUUCAGGGAGCCUGAGCUCACCGCCGCGGAGCAGAAGCGAUUCGAAGAAGGAGUCGCUAAAUACGGGUCGGAGCUCUACAUGGUGAAGAGGCAUGUCAAAUCCGUCAGCCCUGGCGACAUCACCCGGUACUACUACACAUGGAAGAAGACCGAUCGUGGCAAGCAAAUCUGGGGCAAUUACUCUGGUAGAAAGGGCAAGAAAGAGGCCAAGAAGGCCGAAGCUACCGCGAGCAAGUUUGCGGAUGAUGUUGCCGAUGACCACGACGAUUCUGCCUUUGAUACUGAAAAGGCGAUUGACAAGAAGAGGGGCUUCACUUGCAAGUUCUGCAAUACCAAGUCUUCUCGCCAAUGGCGCCGAGCCCCGAACGUCUCGGCCGCACUGGUUACUGAAGGCGGCGGCGGUAAGAACAGCAAGGACAAGGGCACUCAAUACAUUGUCGCGCUUUGUCGCCGAUGUGCCGAACUCUGGCGUCGCUACGCAAUCCAGUGGGAAGACAUUGAUGAGGUUGCGAAGAAGGUUGCAAAUUCUGGUAGCCGAGCGUGGAAGAGACGAGUCGACGAGGAAUUACUCAAGGAGCUCGUGUCUGCCAAUGACAUGAUGAGUCGCACCGUGUACAGCACACCGGAUCCAACCGAGACUGCAUCUGGAACUCCGCAGCCAGAACAACCACCUCGCAAGAAGCUCAAGGGCAGUGCAGACCCUGCUUCAGAGCAUGCUUCCGAUGCUGGCACUGUGGUGAGGAGAAAGGAGAAGCAUGCAGACAAGGCCGCUGCGCCUCCCGUACCGGAGAUUCCGAAGCCGAGAAUGUUGCCUUGUGCUAUCUGUCAGCAAAUGGAGCCUCUCGGAGAUCAGCAUCUAUCGUGUCGAGAAUGCCGCCUGACAGUUCAUCGCAAUUGCUAUGGUGUAAUCGACAACCGAAAUCCGGGGAAAUGGACUUGCGACAUGUGUAUCAACGACAAGAAUCCGCAAAUCUCUAUACACUACAAGUGCGUCUUGUGCCCUGUCGAGCAUACCGAGCACGAUUUCGUUGAGCCCCCGAUGCCAAAGCCUACGACCAAGAAGAGGUCGGAAAAGGAAAAGGAACGUGAGAGAGUCGAGAAGGAAAAUGCUCAGAAGACGGCAGACUAUUACCGGAAGCGACAAGAAGAACUUGGUCGCCCUGUGAAUCCACGUGAACCACUCAAGAUGACGGCGGACAACAACUGGGUUCAUGUCACUUGUGCCGUAUGGACACCCGAAGUCAAGUUUGCCAAUGCCAAGGCUCUUGGGCCCAGUGAGGGCAUCCCAUCAAUUCCCCGCGCAAGGUAUGCAGAAGUAUGCAAAGCAUGCAAGCAAGAAGGAGGAGCCUGUAUCGCCUGUCACCAAUGCCGCGCUCCGGUUCAUGUCGAAUGCGCCCAUCAGAACGGGUACCUACUUGGAUUCGACAUCACCCCUGUCAAGGGGUCUCGGCGUGAUCAGUUCAACAUUGUCACAAUCAAUGGGGAGAGUGGCACAAUGACUGCCGCCGUAUGGUGCAAAGACCAUGUUCCUCAGAAGACAAUAGUCCACCGUAUGCACGAUUUGGUCGAUGAGUCUGGCAUGAACGCAUUGCAACUAUAUGUGCAGAACUUCAAGCAGGCCGAUCUGGCAUUGACAGGUUGCGCCAGGAAGGCAAAUCAAAUCACUUUGGCCGGGAAGGUGUCUCCUACCGUCCCCACCGGUCCUCCAAACCGUCGCGCAUCUCUGACCGCAGUCCCUUCGAAUGGAACUGUCCAGGUUAAUGGUGACCAUAGUCAUGAGUUGCCUGAGGCGUCACAGCCGGGAGGCAAGAUUUGUCUGACAUGUGGAGUUGAUGUCAGCCCGAAGUGGUAUCCCAUUGACAAAGACCAAGAGCGGGAGCUCACCAAUGGCCAUAGUGGUGUUCUGGGCAGCGAAGCACAGAAGUUUGUGGCCCAGAGGCACUUCCAGUGCCACAAAACUACCCCGAUCAGGUCCGAUGGUACCACCGGUCGUCAGUCCCCCUCCAGGAGCUGA